GGUACGAAUCAGGAGCCAUGGCCCGCUUCAUCAUGGUCGGCCUGCUCGCCACAUCGGUUGCCUACGCGGCCUCCCUCCAACAGCAGCAGCAGCGGCAGCAGUCACAGCAGUGGCCCUAUGGAACCCGUGGGGGAAGUGGAGGUGCCACUGGAUUUGGCAGCUUUGGCUACGGUAACUCGGGAAAUCCAACCUACGGUAGUGGCGGUGGCUACGGUAGCGGCUACGGUAGCGGCUACGGUGGCCGUGGUGGCUACUCGGGAGCCGGUGGCAGAAGCGUCGGCGGUGGCUUGGGUGUUGGCAGCAGCUACGGAGGUGGCGUCUCUGCAAACAGGAGAGGUGGUACCAGCAGCUUUGGCGGCGGCUCCAGAGGUGGUUACGGCUCUAGCAACUUGCGAGGUGGCUACGGUGGCAGCAGUGAGACUGGCCACAGCGGCUAUGGUAGAGCGUCCUCUAGUGGGCCACAGCAGCAGCAACAGCAGCAACAACGUCAGCACUUCCCAGGAUACCUGUUGGGAUAGGGGUAAUAAACUUUGUGAUGACAAAGAAAA